AUGCAAACAGAAAGAACAGAGCUAAUGCGAUCGGUGGUGGCAGCGACGGAUACCAGAGGGAAGCAUCGGAUUUCGGCUGAAUUGAAGCGGUUUGAGCAAGAAGUUCGCUUCUUGGAGGAAGAGCUGGAACAACUUGAGAAAAUGGAGGCAGCCUCAGCUUCUUGCAAGGAGUAA